CAGGCGGGGACUGGGCAUUAAUAGAACGAUGUUCGUCCUUGGCUUAAACUCACUUUCCGGCUUCUGCUCACAGCCUGCUGAUUGCUGAUUACCACAGUUUGCCUUGGGGUACGGGAACGUAGGCGCGUAUUAGAAGGGGGUUCCACGCCAAUCUUGCGAAAAUUACUGACGGAAUAAAACCAGUGCGAACAAGCAGGCUAUGUGAAUUACGGACACAAAUAAGACACAUGUCAAUAGUAUCAGAUAAACAUUCAUAUAACUGAAAUAAAAGUGGAACGUGAUAUCAGUGUUUCAAGUUAAUGUAAAAUACUGUAUGAUAAUUGUUUCCGGAAAUAACUGCAUGAAGCUGGCUUGAAGCGCAUCUGCAGGAUUCAGAUGCAAAGCUAUUGUUGAAGAAGCAAGUCAGCCGUAUUAUAGAAGACAGCGAGUUAACAAGACUCCUGUGGGGUGGUCUCCAGUGGAUUGAUCAUGCCAAAUUUUAUCAACAUCGAUCAUUCAGUGUGUAAUGCUGACGUCAACAAUUCGAUGGACGGACGCCCAUCUCUCGAAUAGGUUCCCACACUUGGAACCCAACAGAAAGCACCAUAUAACUGCAGGAACUCGGGCGUCGUUCCAUAAUGGACAAUGACAAGGCAACGCUGUCUGUCGGUACCUCUCCUAGGAAGAAAACCAAGAUAAACUAUGAGCGUCUUCCCGUUAAGGCGCAUUACUUCUUCUUCAUGGCCUCCCUGGGACCAAUUCUGCCAUUCUUGAAUGUAUUUGGCAAGCAAUUAGGAGUGUCUGAGAUGGUGAUGGGAAGCAUCACUGCUGUUCUGCCAGUCUUAUUUCUAGUGGCCAAGCCACUGUUUGGCCUGAUUGUAGAUUACUUCCAGGAUCAUCGUAAAACAGUAUUCAUGGGCCUGCUGUGUGCCAUGAGCAUGUGUUAUGUGCUCCUGUAUUUCAUACCACAGCCUGAUGGACCAUUCAUUACAGAGAAAUCAACCUAUCACCUGUCUGAUGUUCAAUGUAACCAACUGGAUAUAUGUCACAACUGGGAACUGUCUGAGGCUGCUGGGUGUGGACAUUACAAGAGAGUGAUAUGUAAUUGGACGUGUGGGGCAUCUAAUAAUGAAACACAUCUUGAUGCUCUGCUAAAUACAUCUCCAAUCACCAAAAAUGCAAGUGUCAAUGUGACCCCUUGUAUACUGGGAAACAUCAGUUCUCUCAUCUGCAGCUUUGAUGAUAACAAGAGUCACUGUGAAUUCUCUUGUGUACUGCAUGAGACAGAGAUAGAAAAAGAUUGUCUCUAUGGCACACCAGCAUUUUGGGGCUUUGUUCUCCUCAUGUCUUUAGGAACAAUUGGGUUUAAUGUUGCAAACAGCAUCAGUGAUGCCAUCUGCUUUGAUGUUUUGGGCAGUGGGGGAGAGAUGAAGUAUGGACAUCAGCGUGUCUGGGGCACCAUUGGGUUUGGUAUCACAGCAUUACUUGCGGGCUUUACUAUAGACUGGUGGUCUGCAGGCAGUCCUACCAAAGACUACACCCCAGCAUUUGUUUUAGUGCUCAUAUUUGCUGUGAUAGAUAUAUUUUGCUGUUUACAGCUCAGGUUGCCACCCAUUCCCCGCUCUGACAGUAUUCUGCGAGAUGUGGGAAACCUGCUGAAGCACAAGCAUAUUGUUGUCUUCCUCACUUUUGCUACACUGUCAGGAGUUAUUGAUAGUUUCAUUGUCUAUUUUCUCUUCUGGUACCUGGAAGAUCUGGCACAAGUCACAGGUGAUAUGGAUAACAUAAAACUGUUGGAAGGCAUUACUGUUGCUGUGGAAACUCUUGUUGGAGAAGUGAUAUUCUUCAUGUUGUCAGGUAAAAUUCUGAAGAAGAUAGGAUAUGGACAUUCUCUUACAUUGUGUUUUUUGGCAUACUCUAUACGAUUGGGUCUCAUUUCUCUGAUUCCAACACCUUGGUGGGUAUUGCCUGUGGAACUGUUCAUGCAAGGACCUACAUAUGCCAUGUGCUACACCACUAUAGUCGCAUAUGCGAGUGCUGUGGCACCCCCAGGAACCUCUGCUACAAUGCAGGGACUUGUUGCAGGCAUGGACGACGGCUUUGGGUAUGCUAUGGGGAGUCUGAUUGGUGGAGUGCUUUACCAUGAAGUGGGAGGCAAGUUGGCACUUAUAAUCUUCUGUGCCAUGUCCCUUCUGUGCUGCCUGAUUCACUUUGUACUGUAUGAAUGCUUUCUCAAACAUGUGAUGCUACCCGCAGGUUGCAGUCCUGAAGCUGAGUACAAACCCCCACUUGAUGCACUGAAUGCAACACAAGUGGCUACAGGUUCUGAGCUGGAUCACAAUUCAUGACAAUAAAAGUAUUCCAAAUUUAUAAGACAUAAAGACUAUGUAUUCAGUUAUUACACGGCAAUAAACACAUUUAGUAUCA